CAACCCUGAAAUUGGAUUUGUUGUGGAACAAGCAAAUUUUGGCGACAGGUCAAUUGAAAGUCCUCGCGUUUCUGGGUAGUCCUUUGGGUGUUUUCCCCGAUGAAACUAAAAGUGACUGAUCAGCAAUCGCGAAUUGAUCGAGUCCGUGGGAUCAAUUGAGGUCCCAAGGUGACCAAGGUUAAACCCAACCCCAUCUCAUACUAAGCUUUAUUCAUUUAGUCACUCAAUGGACCAAGAGUGGUUCCACGGUUUUUGAAGCGCCAACGACCAACCGACCGGCCAACCCAUCAAGCACUCAAGCAGAAACAGGAUGAGCAAGACGCGCCAAAAGCCACAACCAGAGGAAGGGGACGAGUGCGGGGACAAGUGGAACACUUGGAAUACCUGGAUCCAAGGGUUCAAUGAGAGCGAGACUGAACUCACGUCUGAAGGCUUGACCUCACUCAUGACCCAAUUGGAUGCCAUGCUGAUGCUCUUGAGUCAAUGGGAUCGGCCCUUGGACAUGAGCCAACCUUCGUGGUCGUGCCCGCUUCUAAAUUUACUUUUCAGUCUACUGGAUUUGGAGGCUAUCACGGAUCAACGGCAUUUCUAUCAGGCCCACGGUCCCCAGCAUUCUGUCAUGGCCAUGAAGAGGCGCCACGCUAGUAGUCUCACGCCCAGAGAGCGACACGCCCUAGAGGAGCUGGUCCUGGACUGUCUGACCACGUGGUUGCGGAAGGCCACCGAUCGCGUGGCUGUGUUCCGUUUGUGGAUUGUGAUCUUGCCCGAUUCCACUACCAAUCCCUACGAGCGCUCACUCUUAGAUAAACUUACCUCUUUGAGUACGAGUACGAGUUUGAUGCUCCGCACGCUCAAUUUGCUUCAAAGCUUCGUGGACAAAGCUGGAACCUACUUUAUCCACAUCGAGAAGAAGAAGGGCUUGUCGUGUACCAGUUUCACCCCGCUUUACCAGAACUUGGGGGAUUCGCUGGCUCGCACGUUAUUCAUUUUUAACGAUAUAUUGGCCGACCCCCAUGGCGAUAUUUCACUCAAGAGCCAAGCCAGCAAGACUCUCAGUCACUUUCUCAAGUUUGUGCCCUUAAAGAAGAUUGCUCUCGAGCCCAUCAUUACUUUGAUGGACACCGCUCGCCGAUUAGUGAGCUCCACCAAUCCCGUGUCGCAAAUUUGCGGACUCAACCUCAUGCUCCAUCUUAGCCUUCCACAAGAUAGUCGAGUUGAACAUCGGGAGGAAGCCAUCAGCCUUUUCGGCGAAUUGGCUUUGAGGAUCAAUGCUGACAUGGACCGGAAUAUUCGAUACGUGUGCCUUCAGAAUCUAGGUCAAUUGGCGGCCUCGGAGCAUAAUAAUGGGGUGAUUGCGCAGCUUUUUUCAGAGUUCCAAUGCCGGAUCAUAUCGUUGCUCAACCAUGACGACCAUUCGUUAGUUCUUCAUGUGCUGAGGCUUCUGAAAAUCGUUGCUAAAUACGAUCUGAGUCACUCCAUUCCGCACAAGGCUCAUUGGGCCGCCUUACUUAAAGCCAAUGUGGUGGGUCGAAUUCAAAAUCGGAGAGACUCAAAUCUAGAAAGUGCUUACUGUGAUUGUCUAGCCGAAAUUCCCGAGCUCAUUUUCGAUGGGCUUCCUCCGGAUAAGCAAAUGGUCUUGGUUUCAUUUGUUCUCUCUAAUUGUCGAGCUUCCGAUCAGUCCGUAUCCAGCUCGUGCUUCCGAUGUCUUGGCGUGCUAGCGUCUUUUAAAUACUCGCAGAGUGACGUGAGUUUUCUUGUUGAUUGUACCCAAGCCAUUUUAGAUGCCUUAGAGACCAACGGGCAAGGGAGUUGCUCUCUAAAGAACCCUUUGAUAAACAUUACGUGGGCUUUAGCCAAUUUGAGCGACACGCUGGCUGAAAUACCUUUGAGUGAUGUUGGUUAUCCCUGGCCAAGUGUAUUUCGACUGCUGGCGAAGAUCCCAGCCCUCGUAACACCUGGACAGUCCGUCCACGUUAAUACCAAAGUGAAUUGUCUCCGAGCCAUGGGAUGUUUGCUUCGAUGUGUCAAUUUGGAGGAGUUGUCUCAAUUGAACGAUGAGCAACUCACAUCAGACAUGCUGGAUAUUGGAUUCAAAACCGUGUUGGCCCUCAAUCAAACCAUUAACCAAUCCCAAGUGAUGAAAGUCAAGUGGAAUGGAUGCUACGCUUUGGGUCACCUCCUGCGUAAUAGCGGUCUUUUGCGGAAGAUUGGGCAAAUGGAACAAGUGAUGACGGUAAUGUUGGGACUCUUAGAGCACUGUCACAACUUUAAAGUGCUGAACACGAUUUGUCAGAGUUUGUGCUACCUCCAGACACGUGUCGAUCUAGGUAUCCACGCAAAUGAGGUAUUUUUGGCCUUGGUCCAGGUUCUGGACCUCACUCUGCGCAAUGAUAUCAACGAUGGGGAAAUUGCCCAUAAAAUGAAUCUGACUAACUCGAUUGUAUUAGCUCUGGCUCAUCUCUUUACUCUGAGUGAUGGCCCCGAACUUGUGGAAUGGAACGAGCUCCUCAGUGACGACCAAUGGAUUGUGAUUGGCCACACCGUGAGUGUUGUCAGGCGACGGUUAUCUCCGGAAAAGGCCACUUUGUUAUUGGACGCUCAAUCUCAUUCAUCUCAUUUGGCAUCCGAUUCAGUGCUCUGUCGCAGUUUCGCCUCCUAGGGUAUAGUCCUAGUUAUGCAAUUAAAAUGGUCUAUUUUAUCAAGAAAAAACAGGGACAGCGUGUUUCAACACUGAUUAAAAGCUGAUAUUGAUU